CCGGGACCCGCCUCGCCUCGCCUCGUGCGCAGCCGCCUCCCCGGCCCAUUGUGCGGCGAUCGCGGCCCGGCAGGAGGGCCUGGAGCCAUGGAGGAGCUGAUAGUGGAGCUGCGCCUCUUCUUGGAGCUCCUGGACCAUGAGUACCUGCCGGCGACAGUCCGAGAGAAGAAGGCAGUGGUCACCGACAUCCUGCUGCGGGUGCAGGCAGCCCAAGGUCUGGAUGCCAAGGACCAGAAGGAACCACCAGGCUCCCUGCCGGCACCACCCCAGAUGCCGCUGCCAGAGAUCCCGCAGCCGUGGCUGCCCCCUGACCCUGGGCCCCCGCCGCUGCCGACGUCCUCACUGCCCGAGGGCUACUACGAGGAGGCUGUGCCGUUGAGCCCCGGGAAGGCCCCCGAGUAUAUCACCUCCAAUUAUGACUCUGAUGCCAUGAGCAGCUCCUAUGAGUCCUAUGACGAAGAGGAGGAGGACGGGAAGGGCAAGAAGACGAGGCACCAGUGGCCGUCGGAGGAGGCAUCCAUGCACCUGGUCAAGGAUGCCAAGAUCUGCGCCUUCCUGCUGCGGAAGAAGCGCUUCGGCCAGUGGACCAAGCUUCUCUGCGUCGUCAAGGACACGAAGCUGCUGUGCUACAAGAGCUCCAAGGACCAGCAGCCGCAGAUGGAACUGCCUCUGCAGGGCUGUGCUGUCACCUACACCCCCAAGGACAGCAAGAAGAAGAAGCACGAGCUUAGGAUCUCGCAGCCCGGCACCGACCCUCUGGUCCUGGCGGUGCAGAGCCAGGAACAGGCUGAGCAGUGGCUGAGGGUGAUCAAGGAGGUACACAGCGGCUGUGGCGGGCCCGUGGAUUCUGAGGGCCCUCCCCAGUGCAGCUCCCCAGUGCACAAGGCGGAACUUGAGAAGAAACUGUCAUCAGAGAGGCCCAGUUCCGAUGGGGAGGGCGCAGCAGAGAACGGUGUUGCCCUUUGCAAUGGGAAGGAGCAAGUGAAGAGGAAAAAAAGUUCCAAAACAGAGGCCAAGGGGACAGCGUCGAAGGUGGCUGGAAAGAAGAUCACCAAGAUCAUAGGUCUGGGGAAGAAGAAGCCAUGGAUGGACGAGCAAACAUCCUCCGCCGAGGAGGACAUGCCCACCUGUGGCUACCUCAAUGUGCUGACCAACAGCCGCUGGCGAGAGCGCUGGUGCCGCGUGCGGGACAAGCAGCUGAUCCUGCACAAGGACCGUACUGACCUCAAGACCCACCUGGUCUCCAUCCCACUGAGGGGCUGCGAGGUGAUCCCUGGCCUGGACGCCAAGCACCCGCUCACCUUCCGGCUGCUGCGCAAUGGGCAGGAAGUUGCCGUGCUGGAGGCUGCCUCCUCCGAGGACAUGGGCCGAUGGAUCGGCAUCCUGUUGGCCGAGACAGGCUCCACCACUGACCCCGGGGCUCUGCACUACGACUACAUUGAUGUGGAACUGUCGGCCAGUGUCAUCCAGACAGCCAAGCAGACCUUUUGCUUCAUGAACAGGCGUGGCCUAUCCACCAACCCGUACCUGAGCGGCUCCUCCAACGGCUACGCCCACCCCAGCGGCCCAGGGCUGCACUAUGAUGAUGUUCCCUGCGUGAAUGGCCUGUGGGCACCGGACGACGGCUUUCCUGCUGCGCGCGGCCGAGGCCCGGGAGAAGAGGUGCUUUAUGAUAACGCAGGCCUGUACGAUAACUUGCCGUCUCCGAAAAUCUUUGCACGCUGCCCGCCCGCCGACCGAAGGGCUGCUAGGUCACCUCCUGACAAACUGCCCUGUAACCAUUACAAGCGGCCCGCCACCUGCGGCUCGCCCUGCUCUCAGUCCCUCACUAACACCCCUUCCACGGGGAGGGCCUCUCUCGGGCUCAGCUCCCAGCUGAAGGCCAAGAAGCCCCCGCUGGCAUCCAAUGGGGUCGCAGGCAAAGGGAAGACUCUGAGCGGACAGCCCAGGAAGGCAGAUGCGGCCGCUGGUGUGAAACGCAGCGCCUCAAAUGCCGAGCAGUACAAAUACGGCAAGAACCGUGUGGAGGCAGAUGCCAAGCGGCUGCAGAGCAAAGAGGAGGAGCUGCUGAGGAAGAAGGAAGCACUGAGGAACCGGCUGGCCCAGCUGCGCAAGGAGCGCAAGGACCUGCGAGCGGCCAUCGAAGUGAACUCGGGUGCCAGCGGUCGAAAGACGCAGCUGGUGCUGGAAGAGAAGCUGAAGCGGCUGGAGGAGGAGUGCAAGCAGCAGGAGGCUGAGCGAGUGAGCCUGGAGCUGGAGCUGACGGAGCUCAGGGAGAGUCUGCGCAAGGCGCUGGCAGGCGGCGUCACCCUAGGGCUAGCCAUUGAGCCCCGUUCCGGGACCUCCAGUCCUCAGUCUCCAGUUACCAGACACUGGACGCUGGAGAACUCACCGCUGUCCAGCUGCGAGACAAGUGACGCCGAGGGUCCGGUGCCUGUCAACAGCGCCGCAGGUCUGAGAAAAGGACCAACAGCCCCUGCGGGCAGCUCACCCUGCCGGGGCCAUGUCCUACGCAAGGCCAAGGAAUGGGAGCUGAAGAACGGGACCUAGAAGGAGGCCGGCUGCCUGGCUCUGCAGGCACUGCCCCCGCCACCCCUCACAGGAUCCCCCUUUGUAGUGGCCAGAGCAGCCUAACUGUGCUGGGGCCUCCAAACACAGCCUCUCUGGUCCCUCCUGCCUCACUGGGAACCAGGACUAGGCCCUGGUAUCACACCUGACUGCCCCCACCUGGUGCCCCAGCACAGCAGGAUGAGGCAUGGGCCCAUUACCCAGUGGACCCCAUGUCCUGGAGAGCCCCAAGCUGCUGUAAGCAGCCUGACUUCAUGCCUGUGGAGGUGGAGGUGUGAGUCACUGUCUGGGGUGCUCUGA